AUGAAAGGUUAUGGGCGAUCACGUAUCCUAAAGCGAUCCGCAACGCAAGGCUCACCGGAAGAUGAUUCAGACUUGAUAACAAUGUCAAGAUCAAACUUUACAACCAGUGAAAGAGCAGAAAGCCAAUGGAUUUCCGCUAAACAUGUUUUUGAUAAAAAUCAGCCAAAAUUGUCGAAAAUAAUUAAGAAUCGUUCUGAGACCAGAGUGAACACCAAGUGUAACAGUGAGGAGUUAAGAAAACUUAUGCUUGAGAACAUUAGUGAUAACUCGUCAUCUUCAAAACGUGCUAUAAAUGAUCAAGCAGAAGCCAAAUUUGGUGGCACCAUCGAUGUGAUUUGCUCGAAAGGUCAUUUCUCCUAUGUAUACAGCUCUAACUUGUAUUGCGAAGUUAUGAAAGGUAGUAUGACCUGUAUCGCAUUUCGACAAUCACGUUGA